ACCAAGAUCCAUAAAUAUUUUUCUAUUCUUUUCUUGCCCACCUGGGCCAUCCCUAGUUGUUGGGCCAUGAUUUGGGCCUCUGUUCCUCAUUCUCACAAAAACACCAGAGUUUCUCAAAGCUCCAUGAACCCAUAUGGAAGAAGCUCUUUCUCUUCUAUGAAGUUUAUUAGCAAAACUCAGGGGGGUCGUCAGGACAAGUGUCAACAAGAUAGGGGGAGAAGAAUCAAUAGAAAACAGAAAGGAAAAGAUAUUUGGAACCAAACCAAUUAACAAAGUAGAGAGUAACUGUUGUGUUCUCAUCCGCUCACUCACUGCAAUCAAUCAAAGUGUUGAGAGUUCUAUGGCUGCAACAGUUUCACUCUCUUUUUCCUUAGAUCCACAGCACCACCAUCUCUUUCCCAACACAACCCACUUCAAGCCUCACCAAACUCCCCUUCUUCCCUUCUCUGCCCCAACCUCAACUCUUUUCCCCAAAUACCCACUUGCUAUUUUCCAUAAAUCACACCCUUCCUCUUUCAAAUCUUCCUCCUCUCCAUCUCAUUCUUCAACAACGACAACAACAACAACAACAACUGCUUCUGAUACAACUGCUACUGAUACUGCUACAACUACAAGCACAACCACAACAUCUUCGUCAUUUCUUGAAUACCCACUUAGAACAGGUCGAUUUCUGAGCAGUGAAGAGCUCGAGCAACUCAAAUUGCUUGAGAAUUUCAGGUAUUAUCAGGAAUUGGAAUCUGGGUCGAUGUGGGUUCGGGUGAUGAGGCCGGAGGAAAUGGACAUCACUGUUGGGUUGCUGGCUGAGUCGUUUGCAGAGUCGAUGCUUUUGCCUUCUGGAUAUGUCUCUGUGUUGGGCUACUUGGUCAAGCAAUACUUGUUUGAGCGGAUGGAGCUAUCGCCACACACUGCCACGCUUAUUGGGUUUUACAGAAGACGUAAAGAAGAGGGUGAAGAACAACAAGAAAAAAACACAGAAGAUGAAGAAGAAGUGGAUGAAGUUGAAUUUUUGGCGGGGACUGUGGAAGUUUGCUUUGACAAAAAGGGUGCCAACGCUUCUCCUCCUACACCCAUUCCUCCCAAGAACUCGCCUUAUAUAAGCAACAUGGCGGUGAAGAAGUCGCUUAGGAGGAGGGGCAUCGGCUGGCAUCUUUUGAAAGCAAGCGAGGAACUUAUAUCUCAGAUGAGUUCCACAAGAGAGGCGUAUUUGCAUUGCAGAAUGAUUGAUACAGCUCCAUUCAACAUGUACAAAAAAGCAGGUUACGACAUUGUAAAGACGGAUAACAUUUUGGUUAUGUUGCUGUUGCAGAGGCGCAAGCACUUAAUGUGCAAGAAACUUCCAGUCUUAACCAGCUUUUCAGAAUCAGAUACAUUCUGUUCUGAAGAGGAAUUAACAUCAUGAAUGUAUAUGUGAAAAUCAAAAUACGUGUUUAUGAGGAUAGAUGAUUAGAGAGACCUUUGAGGUUGUGAAGAUUAUCCAGCUGGGUUGAAAUUUGCCUAGAAUGCUUGAUCCUAUGUGCCAGCAACUGUUGCCUGCAUUUUGUUAUGUGUAUGGUAGAGACUUGCUUUGUUGCAGGUAAACUCAUCAGGCAUUUGCAUUUCUUGUAUAUGUAGUCCUAGACUCCUAAUGUUAUUGCAAUUUGCAAACGUAAUGACCAGAUCAACUCCAGUUUUGAUACAUGUGAUUUAGAUAUUGGAUAUUUUUUAUCCUGAAGUUAUUAUAUAAAGAAUUAUUUUCCUAAUAAAGAAUUCUAGAAUUGUGGUAGCA